AUGGAACCGGAGGUCCGGUCCCGCAGUGGUCUUGCACGAAAGGCCUUUCUUAUCAAUGAAAUCCUCACCGAGCCCUCCCUCUACAAAGUCCUGGGAGUCACCAGCCGAGCCACCGAAUCAGAGCUCCGCCGGCACUACCUCGACCGCAGCAAGAUUGUGCACCCGGACAAGCUGCCCGCGCAUCCCAACAGCACGGAGGCCUUCCAACGGCUCUCGCAUGCAUAUGAGAUCCUGCGCAAGCCCAGCCUGCGGGCCCACUACGACCGCGAAUCAAAGAGCUGGAAUGGCGAGCACCGCGAGUUCUACCCCGGCGAGACGUCAUUCAUCUCGGGCGACCAGACGUUCAAGGGUGCCGUGGUCAGCAUCCUGAACGAGUUCCUCAGUGGUGAUUUCGGCCUGGUGAGAAAGCUGCUGGAGGCGCUGAACAAGCAGUAUCCAAGCCUUGUGAACGAGGAGGUUAUUGUUGCCAUUGAGCGUGCAUUUGGCCGCAUCCGCGAGCUGAUCCUCACGACCCGCACCUACGCCCUCCUGAUCUCCAUCGAGCUUGGGCGGAUCCACCGCGUGCAGAAGAAGCUGCUCUCGCUCGGGUACUUUGACGUUAUCGGGCGCGUGCGGCUCACCAUGCAGCUCGUGCGUGUGACGCUCGCCGUGCCGGUGCGGGUCGACCGCGCGCUGCAGCGCAAGGAGGAGCGCGAGUGGCGAGCGAAGCAGGCGGGCUGGACGGCCGUCGGCGUCAAGGAGCACGGCAACAAUGGCGCUUAUCUGCUGAAUGAGAAGGUUAGUAGGGUGCUGGCGUUCAUUGCGGGGGAUAAGAUGGAGGAUGAGGAGGAGGACCGCGACUGGAUGGGGAGGUUUUGGGGGGAGCCUGCAAAGGCCGCUUGA